AUGGGGCUACAGGAGAAGAUGAAAAGAGUGGGCUUUGGCUCCUAUAAGAAUUAUAUUCCAGUUGGUGAUGUGAACAAAAAAUACUGGAAUCAACAGCACUUUUCUCUGAUGUUUCCUAAACCCAACCGACCAGGGAAGAAGUGGAGAUCAACUCCUUCUGAAUUAAGACAAUAUUCUCCUGUAGAGCUUGCAGUAAAAGACGAUCAGAAAGCAACUCCCAUCUGGAUGUCACGUUCUUUACUACAAAUUUCAGAGAAACCUUCUGCUUAUUUAGCUGCCAGAAGAAGGCCCCCAUUUUUCACAGCUCCACAAAGAGCAUCAAAAUCCACAGACCCAUCCCCAGGAGAGAAAAAACAAAUGUACAAGAAAGAAAAAACUCAAGCAGAGAAAACAUCAGAGAAGAAGAUGGCAGACUCACCAAAAGAGUCAAAAACUAAACUACUAGACACAGUCAAUGACAUUUCAUCCAGAGGAUAUGACAAUGUGUCCAAAGGUUCAGGAGAGUCAAAGCUAAAAAGUGGCACAGAUUCACCUAAAGACAAGGAGCCACACACUGAAACCAAGGAAGUGAGUGUGAACAUGAAAGACGCAAAUAAGAAGAAAACAUCCAAGGAGUCUGAUGUUGAAUCCAGUGAUUCAAAGAAUGGAAAGAAGAAAGGCAAGGAUUCAAGAAAUAAGUCUAGGAAUUUGGACAAGGCUUCAAAGAGAAAAUCCAAGGACGCAGAGUUGGAUACAGUGAAGAAAGACAAGAAUAUAAAGAAAAACUCCAUAGAUUCAAUCUCUAAAUCAUCAGGUUCAAAGCAGAUAGACAAAGAUUUAAGGAAAAGAUCCAAGGACUCUAAUGUUAAACACAAGAAUGAAAAGAAAGACAAGGCUUCAAGGAGGAGGUCCAAGGAUUCAGGCACUGAAUCCAGUGAUUCAAAGAAGAGAGAUAAGAAUUCAAGGAAGAAAUCUAAGGACUCGAACAAUAAGUCCCAAAAUUUAAAGAUGGAAGACAAGAAACAUAAGGAGAGGGAUAUGGAAUCUGAGAAAUCAAUUGAUUCAAAGAAGAAAUCCAAAGGGUUAAAUACAUUCAGGGAUUCAAAGAAACCCAAGAAUGGGACGGCAAAGUUCAAAGAACCAGACAUUGGAUCCACAAGGACAGAAUCAGUUGUCACAUGGCAAACUCUCCUUAAGGUCCUAUAUCGCUCAACAGAUGCCACCUCGAAUUGCGAAGACUGAGAUUAGAAAUGCACCUCUGCCUGAAGCCCAGUGGAUCCACAAACUGCUUUGAAGACCUGUGCGUUUGGUUCUACUGGAUAGACUUACCACAGAUAGGACAACCAAUAGCUAGCUACUAUCAAAAAUGUUUCUACUUCUGAUAAAGAAAACCUUUUGUCCUCA